AUGUCGCCUAUAUGGCACCCAGAGUACGUCGUAGGACCGGAUGUGAAAGACAAGCAGACAGUGCUGAACUUCGCCAAUAUGUCUGAAGACGCAUACAAGCCAGGCCGUGAUGAUCCGGAAUGGCUCGAUGUGGGCAAGAGGUGGGAAAGUUCGCUUCCGUUUGGUUGGGAGGAUAGUGGAAUCCGAGGCCACGUCUUUAGCGAUGACACCAACUCGACAGUUAUUCUAUCAGUCAAGGGCACCACCGUCUCGAUGUUCGAAGGCAAUGGUACGUCGGGCCGCGACAAGGAUAACGACAAUUUGUUCGGAUCGUGUUGUUGUGGUCAGAAUGGCCCGUAUCUAUGGCGUCAGGUCUGCGACUGCAUGACGGGGACAUACACCUGUGAUGAGCAAUGCGUCAAGGAUGAACUUCUGAAACCCAACCGUUACUUCGAGGCGACUCUAGAGCUUUACGAUGAGGUCAUUCAGCUGUACCCAAAGGCGAACAUCAUUACGACCGGUCACAGCUUGGGAGGCGCCCUGGCUUCUUUCAUCGGUCUGCGACAUGGCCUUCCAUCUAUUACCUUCGAAACAUACCCACAAGCUUUGGCUGCAGCCCGACUCGGCCUGGCCGUUAGGGGCCAGGACUCGCCACUUCGAGAGAACACUGGAGGCUUUCACUUUGGACAUACUGCCGAUCCGAUCUACAUGGGAACCUGCAAUGAACGGCACAAAGAAGCAUACGACAACUUCCACUUCCUCAUCCACAUCAACGUCUAUGACACGCACCGAGACGUGCAAAACGCCUGGCUGGUGGGGCUGUCGGGAUGA